UCCACUUCUGUACACAUCAGGUAUACCAGGCAGUGGCUGGUAAAUAGAGUAGGCGUUUAGUGUAAGCAAUACGGUAUGUAGAUACCACCAGGUUGGCAGUGAGGCUUGCUAGUUUGGUAUAAAUAUAAGGAGAGAACCACUUGGAGCCAUCAGUGCUAAUUACUGACAUAGUAGUAUACAGACUACAUUAUUAUUACAUAUUAAAGUCAUCGGUUUGUUAGUCUAAAGCAAUACAGUACAAGGAGGUAUUAUAGGGGAGUCUAGGUACAUGAUCCAUGCAGGGAAUUGCAUAAGAAUUGCAGGGAAGAAAUCGGAAAUUCUUGAGUCACGUUCAAACAAAUAGUAAGGAAUAGAAUACUCCCGAUUUAACAUGUCAGACUGUAGUGUAUAGGUUUAAUAAGGUUAAGAGAAGAUUAAACACUCUGGAGAGUAAAAGAACAAAUUAACGAAAUUUCUAAAUUCCCAGGAGAGACUGAAGUUCUGCGAAUUAAUCUUUACCACAAAAUAACAGUAUAGCAAGCAACAGAUAAUCCAUAAAGAAAGCCAAAUUCAAACAGAUUACAAAGGACAAUAUAACAUUAGCCUUUUAAGGCCUAGAUGAAGUACCACUCCAAUACAUAAAUAGAAUUACCGGACAUAAAAAUCGAAGAUAUUUUAGCUGUAACAUUGAGUUCACUCAGGCAAGGCUGAUCAAGCAGAUACGAAUAGAUACGCUUAGGGACGAGAAACUUGAUUUAGAAACCAAAUCAAAGAAAUCGCUUGUGUUUCUUGCCGACCACACAACCACAUACUGGUCAACAACCAGUGAGGGCUAAAAAUAAUCAUAAGACAACAAGUCACCAUGGAGACGACGACGUUCAUGCUGUGGGUGUUUCUGGGAUUGAAUGCACUAAUUGACACUGUGCUUAGCUGUUCUUGUAUGCCUGCCCACCCACAGGAACAUUUCUGCAAUGCAGACUUUGUAAUCAAAGCCAAGUUUAAGGGCAAAAAGCUUCUCUACAGUAAAAACAUCAAUGAGGUGGAAGGACACAAUAUUACGCACAGGUUUCCAACAGAAAUCAUGUAUCAUACAAGAAUCAGCAAAGUAUAUAAGGAAACUGAAGCAUACAAUGGAGUGAGCCACACCUCUCUUUAUACUGCAGCAGAAGGCGCAGCCUGUGGGGUGACCGAUUUAAAAGAACAGACAAAAUAUCUCAUUUCAGGAAAUGUUGUGGGGGGCAAGGCUCGUACUGGAACAUGUGAGUGGGUCCAGGAGUGGAAUAAAGUACAUGUGCGAUACAGGAAGGGAGUCCAGUUCAUAAUGGAAAAGCACUGUGAUUGUAAAGUUGUGCCUUGCUUUGACAAAGAGACUUGUGACAAGCUAAACAAAGAAUACAAAAAGGGAAAAGAGAACCAAUGUGCAUGGCCUUUUCUGGAUGACCCCACAAACUGUUACAGCACAUAUGCAAUGUGUCAGAAGCGAAAAGAAGGAGGCUGCCAAUGGACCAGGCCCAAAGCAUGGAGAACAUGUCUGCAAAAAGCCAAGGAAGACAGACUCAAGGAGCCAUAGACUGUACAAAAAUAUAGCAUUAUAUAAUAUAACUAGCUGUAAUAUAAUUCUCUAUAGUGAAUUUUUUUGAAUGUAUUUUUAUGCAAUAUUAUUUUGUUCAUGAACAAAUGAUAAAAGGAGAACAAUAAUGUUUUAACUCUACGGAGCAUUGUAAAUGUAAAUAAUUUGUGUAAUGUAGAUUUGGCUGAAUGAAAAUAUGUAUAUAUUAAUUCACUAAACAAAUGUACAUAGGAUAUACAUGAAAAUAAAUGCACAUAUGUAUAAAGGUUAAUAGCAAAUAAAUGUAUAAUCAUUAUACUUUAAUAUGCAAUGUUAAAUGAAAGCUGAAGAGAGCUCAUCUUCAAAAUGAGAAGAUAGGGGAAGAUGUUACUAAGGAGAUGUUACUAAAGGGAAUGUGUUACUAAGG